AAUCGCGUAGGACCCGGCUCCCCUUGCCCCAGCUGCCGGCGGGGUGCCAUGGGCCGCUACCGCAUCCGCGUGGCCACCGGGGCCUGGCUCUUCUCCGGGUCGCACAACCGCGUGCAGCUGUGGCUGGUCGGGGCGCGCGGGGAAGCGGAUCGGGAGCUGCAGCUGCGCCCGGCGCGGGGCGAGGAGGAGGAAUUUAACCUCGACGUUACCGAGGACUUGGGGCCCCUGCAGUUCGUGAAGUUGCGCAAACACCACUGGCUGGUGGACGACGCGUGGUUCUGCGACCGCAUCACUGUGCAGGGCCCCGGAGCCGGCACGGAGGCGGCCUUCCCGUGCUACCGCUGGGUGCAGGGCGAAGGCGUCCUGAGCCUGCCAGAGGGCACCGCCCGCCUGGCAGGAGACAAUGCCUUGGACGUGUUCCAGAAGCAUCGAGAGAAGGAACUGAAGGACAGAAAGCAGAUCUACCGCUGGGCAACCUGGAAGGAAGGAUUACCCCUGACCAUAGCUGCAGAUUGUAAAGCUGACCUACCUCCAAAUAUGAGAUUCCAUGAGGAGAAGAGAUGGGACUUUGAAUGGACACUGAAGGCAGGGGCUCUGGAGAUGGUCCUCAAACGUGUUUACACCCUCCUGAGCUCCUGGAACCGCCUAGAAGACUUUGAUCAGAUCUUCUGGGGCCAAAAGAGUACCCUGGCUGAAAAGAUUCACCAGCACUGGCAGGAUGAUGAGCUUUUUGGCUACCAGUUCCUCAAUGGCACCAACCCCAUGCUGUUGAGACGAUCCACCUCUCUGCCCUCCAGGCUAGUGCUGCCCUCAGGGACAGAAGAGCUUCGAGCUCAGUUGGACAAAGAGCUCCAGAAUGGCUCCCUGUUUGAAGCUGACUUCAUCCUACUGGAUGGAAUUCCAGCCAACGUGAUCCGUGGAGAAAAGCAGUACCUGGCUGCCCCUCUCGUCAUGCUGAAAAUGGAGCCCAGUGGGAAGCUGCUCCCUAUGGUCAUCCAGAUUCAGCCUCCUAACCCCAGCUCCCAGAUCCCAACACUGUUCCUGCCUUCAGAUCCCCAUCUUGCCUGGCUCUUAGCAAAGUCCUGGGUCCGAAAUGCAGAUUUCCAACUUCACGAGCUCCAGUAUCAUUUGCUGAACACUCACUUGGUAGCUGAGGUUAUCGCUGUCGCCACCAUGAGGUGCCUCCCAGGACUGCACCCUAUCUUUAAGCUCCUGAUCCCCCAUAUCCGCUACACCAUGGAAAUUAAUACCCGGGCCCGCACCAAACUUAUCUCAGAUGGAGGAAUAUUUGAUAAGGUAGUGAGCACAGGUGGAGGGGGCCAUGUGCAGCUGCUCCGUCGGGCAAUGGCUCAGCUGACCUACCGCUCCCUCUGUCCUCCUGAUGAUCUGGCUGACCGAGGCCUGCUGGGAAUUCCAAGUGCUCUCUAUGCCCACGAUGCUUUACAGCUCUGGGAGAUCAUUGCCCGGUAUGUGGAGGGCAUUGUCCACCUCUUCUACCAAAGGGAUGAUGUCGUGAGGGGGGACCCUGAGCUGCAGGCCUGGUGUGGGGAGAUCACAGAGGUGGGGCUGUGCCAGGCCCAGGACCGAGGUUUCCCUAUCUCCUUCCAGUCCCAGGCUCAACUCUGCCAUUUCCUUACCAUGUGUGUCUUCACAUGCACUGUUCAGCAUGGGGCCAUCAACCAAGGCCAGCUGGACUGGUAUGCCUGGGUCCCUAAUGCCCCAUGCACAAUGCGGAUGCCUCCACCCACCACCAAGGAAGAUGUGACAAUGGCCACAGUGAUGGGGUCACUACCAGAUGUCCAGCAGGCCUGUCUUCAAAUGACUAUCUCAUGGCAUCUGGGUCGCCGCCAGCCAGACAUGGUGCCUCUGGGGCAUCACAAAGAAAAUUACUUCUCAAACCCCAAGGCCAAAGCUGUGCUAAACCAAUUCCAAACAGAUUUAGAAAACCUGGAAAAGAAGAUCAUAGCCCGCAAUGAGCAACUUGACCUGCCCUAUGAAUAUCUGAAGCCCAGCCGCAUAGAAAACAGUAUCACUAUCUGAGCCCUAAGGCCUCCCUACCCGGAAGACUUCACCUCAACUUUAGGACUGAUAUUUCCAUCUUGAAUUUCAUACUUUCCUAAGUCUCUGCUGCUAAGGCUUUCUUCUCCCCCAUCAGUAUCUCACUAGCUGAGAGGGCAAUAAACUUUUUCUGUGUAAAGUAAGAUAAUAUUUUUGGCUUCAUAGGCCAGUCUAUGUCACAAUUACUCACCUGCCCCAUUGCGUGCAGCAAUAAGACAACCAUAGGCAACGUGUAAGUGAAUGCUACUGUGUUCCAAUAAAGUUUUAU